AUGCGCCAGAGACGAUGGUUGGAAACGGUGAAGGAUUUCGACUGCGAAAUACACUACCACCCCGGAAAGGCAAAUGUGGUGGCGGAUGCUCUGAGCAGAAAAGCGGACUAUGUCCCAAUACGAGUAAGGUCAAUGCAGCUUGUGGUGACCUCGGGUAUACUUGAACGUAUCCGAGAAGCGCAAGUAGAAGCAGUGAAAGAGGAGAAUUGGAAGAAGGAAAGAACAAUCGGCCAGUUAAAGGAUUUGUUGGAUGGGAAGAACGGGUUGAAGACUCGAUCCGGAAGAAUAUGGGUUCCAAAUACUUGUGGGGUGAAGACGCUUCUACUCGAUGAAGCUCAUAAAUCCCGAUAUUCUAUUCAUCCGGGUGUGACUAAGAUGUAUAAUGAUUUGAAACAAAACUAUUGGUGGCCCGGAAUGAAGAGGGAUGUAGUAAAAUACGUGGAGAGUCACCAUUCGAGCAUUGGCAUGGCACCUUACGAGAUGCUAUAUGGUAGGAAAUGUAGAACCCCGGUGUGUUGGGGUGAAGUGGGACCACGUGAAUUGGCACAUAAAGACAUAGUUCAAGCCACUAACGAGAAAAUUGAAAUGGUGCGGGCCCAUUUGAAAGCAGCCCAAGAUAGGCAAAAGUCUUAUGCCGACAAAAGACGAAGACCGAUUGAAUUUCAGAUAGGCGACAUGGUUAUGCUAAAGGUGGCUUAUCGCCUCGAGCUACCAGAAGAGUUGAGUGGGAUACAUGGCACGUUUCAUGUGUCGCAAUUGCAGAAAUGUCUAGCGGAGGAAACAGCUUAUAUCCAUUACAACGAAAUCGAGGUGGAUGAUAGCCUGAAUUAUGCGGUAAGGCCAUUGGAGAUUUUAGAUCGAAAGGUUAAGCACUUGCGAAACAAACAAAUCGAUCAAGUGGGAGCAUAG